GACGAGUGGAGAUGCUCUAAUAAUUCACAUCCGGAUUUCCGCUGCCAAGGCCCGAGUGCACGGCUCAUUGAUUUGUUCGUCUUCCCGUGCAGAGACGCCGAGGACGCCGUCGCGUCGGAAGUCGCCGCCCUCGCUCCAGACGAUCGAGCGGUUAGCAUGCCGGACAGCAGCGGCGCGACCGUUUUUGACGACCUGCCGGAGUGGCUCGUCGUCGACGAGAUCCUCUUCCGGUUGCCGCCCAAGGACGUACUCCGCUGCCGCGCCGUCCGCAGGUCCUGGCGCAGCGGCACUUCUACCGACAAGUUCAUCCUCGACCACCACCGCCGCCAGCCCUCGCUCCCCAUCAUCAAACACCGGGAGGGCCUCUGCCGCUUCCCAGUCCCCAGUGCCGCUGCUGCCGAUGUCUGCAGUGAUAAAAAGAUACGGCCCUUCGUCCGGUACACCCCUACUACCAUAGUCGACGUUAUACACCACGGCGCUUGUGACGGCCUCCUCAUCCUGUCGGAGCAAGCUGAUUUCUACAUCUGCAACCCGACCACCCGCAGGUGUGCUUCUCUGCCACAUCCUCCACUACGACCAGGCUUCAGCACGGUCACCGUAGUCGCCUUCUACCGGCACCACACAUCUGGAGAUGAAGCAGCACAAAGAGAGCACCGGGUUCUCUGGGUGGUCAUGAGCCACGCCAGAGUUGAAUAUGAAUCACCUGAUUACUUCGUCCUCACGGUGGGAUCACACCAGCCAAGACUCAUCCAGUGGCCGAUAGCUUCUCCUGCCGCUGAGUCCUCCACUUGGCCACCAGUGCAUCAUCGUGGUAGCCUGCACUGGCCGAUGGGCCUCAGCAUUACGGUAUUUGACACCGUAGCCGAGACAUUCCGCCAGAUGAGCCGUCCGGCGCAGCUGGGCGACAUGGUGUCAUUGCUCGACAUGGGUGACGCCCUUGCUUUGUCAAGCACCACACUUGAAUGCGUCACCCUAGAUGUCUGGGUGUUGCAGGACUAUGACGCUGAGACCUGGGGCUUCCAGUACCGGAUUAACUUGCGAGCUAUUGUGGCAGCACCACCGCUUGAUUUGCAAGUGAAAUAUGUCCCGAGGAUGGUUGCAAUCAACGAGCGCGAGCUGUUGAUCCAGGUGGGUUGGCGUCUGCUGCAUUGUGGCAUCGAUGGUACAUUUCUAGGAAAUGUUGAGAUCGAGGAGCAUGAAAACUACCUGACACUCACUAAGCAUCGCCUCCAAGAGAGCAUGAUUUCACUUCCAUUGUUUGAGAGGCAACAACAAGAAGAGGCUGUCAACAAUGUGCCUCCAUUCCUCAUUGUGCUGUAAGAUGCCUUGGACUCCCCAUCAUGUCUUGGACUCCCCUUGUUUAAUGUGCUAUCAAUUGGAGCAGCUAAGCCAUGUCUUUUGUUCUUAGUAUCUAGUAAUACUAGUAGAACUGAACAAUUUGGAUGUCAAAAGUACUAGCACUUCUGCCAUCAUCAUUCGGUGCUUGUUAUGCUAUCCUGUGGAUCAUGUUAUUGUCGUGAACAAUGGAUUAUCUAUGCUAUAGAACUGUUCUACUUGUCUCCCUUGUU